GGUUCAACGUGAUGAGUGUUCUAGAUGUUAGGUUUGUUCUACUAGUGUUGAUUGCAGUUCGAAAUGGUUUUGGUGCGGAAAUGGCUCGAUACGAUAACUAUCGAAUUUAUGUGGUUACCGCCAAUAAUGCGAAACAUUUGGAAAUGCUAGAGUUCCUGAAAUCCUCGAGUGAUAGUUACAUUUUUCUCGAAAGUGGCAAUAAAAUAGGUGAUAGUUUUAGUAUCGUCGUUGCACCACACAAAUUUGCCGACUUUGUUGUAUCGUUGGAAAACGAAGGAAUAAACCCACGUUUGAUGUACAGAAAUUUGCAACAAAGUAUCGAUGAUGAGCGUAACCGAAUACUUUCGAAAAGAACUAAGGGUAUUUUUGAUUGGACCGAGUAUCGCGAUUUAGAUGAAAUUAAUAACUGGUUGGACAAGGUGGCAACAGAGUACAGUCAAGUAGAGAUAAUCAAUGGUGGCCGGUCUUAUGAAAAUCGCACGAUAACAGGGGUGAAGGUGUCCUACAAGGCCGGUAAUCCAGGAAUCUUCAUCGAAGGUGGAAUACAUGCUCGGGAAUGGAUCUCGCCAGCAACGGUUACCUACAUAUUAAACGAACUAUUAACUAGUGAAGAUAAAAAUGUGAGAAAUUUGGCUAAAAAUUACGAUUGGUAUAUUUUCCCCAGUGUCAAUCCGGACGGUUACGUUUACAGUCACCAGAAAGAUCGAUUGUGGCGUAAGACACGAACCCCGUUUCCCGGAGGUUGUUUCGGUGCCGACCCGAAUAGAAACUGGGAUUACUAUUGGGCAGAAAAAGGUGCCAGUCAUCGUUGUACUGCUGAAUCCUUCGCAGGACCGUUUCCCUUUUCAGAAGUCGAAACCAAAACGCUCUCGGAAUACAUCAACUCACUGAGAGGCAAAAUCCAAUUGUACAUAACAUUCCAUUCGUAUUCUCAACUGUUGCUGUUUCCCUAUGGUCACACAAGUCAGCAUACAGAAAACCAUCAGGAUCUGAGUGAAAUUGCAAAAGCAGCCGUGACGUCACUAGCACAGCGAUACGGAACCAAGUACCGUUAUGGUAAUAUCUACGAUGCCAUAUAUCCGGCAAGCGGUGGAAGUGGCGAGUGGGCCUAUGGCGUUCAGGGCAUCAAGCUGGUGUACACGUACGAACUACGCCCGGCACGCGGAUGGGUCGGGUUUGUUCUGCCCCCAGAACAGAUCAUUCCCACCGGUGAGGAAACGCUAGACUCGUUGGUAACGCUGGUGAAUGAAGCCAAAGAUCGAGGAUAUUUUAAAGUUGGAAUCGAAAGAUUUCACGUGGUGGAGAAAAAAUGUAUUUGUACAUGAAAA